AUGUCGAGCGACAACCUCCCAAUCGAAGCCAAGCUCCUCAUCAACGGCUCGUUCAUCCCCAGAGAUACGUUCGACCUACACUCGCCCUACUCUGGCGAGCUCGUGGGCAAGAUCUCCGAAGCCACCGUCGAAGACGUCGACGCGGCCGUUGCAGCAGCCAAAGCCGCCCAGCCAGCAUGGGCAGCUCUCUCACCACAGCAAAGAGGCAAACCGCUCGCCAAACUCGCCCAGAUGAUCGAAGACGCAACGCCAGAGCUCGCUCGUCUUGAUGCACUGUCCCUAGGCCGCCCGAUCUCGACCUUCUUCGAUGGACAUUAUGCUGUCACGCACUUCCGAUACUUCGGCGAGGCAGCAUAUCCCGUCGGAACGUCUUCGCUGAACACACCCGGCUUUAUGAAUGUAUCGCUUCGCCAGCCAUAUGGUGUUGGUGCAGCCAUCAUUCCGUGGAAUGCACCGUUGGUCUUCCUUUCCAAGAAGCUUGCUCCAGCUCUCGCAGCUGGGAACUGCAUGGUCCUCAAGACAUCCGAGAAAGCACCCCUGAGCUCGCACCGUGUCGCCGAGAUGUUGAACGAGGCUGGCUUCCCUCCUGGCGUGAUCAACAUCCUCCACGGACACGGCCUGCCGAGUGGAGACGCUAUCGCUCGACACAUGGACAUCAGAGCACUGUCAUUCACAGGUUCGGUGAGGACCGGUCGGGCGAUCCAGAAAGCUGCUGCAGACUCCAAUUUCAAACAUCUUGUUCUCGAGCUUGGUGGGAAGUCGCCGGCGAUUGUGUUUCCGGAUGCAGAUCUGGAGCGAGCUGCUCAGGAGACGCAGAAUAGCAUUAUGUUUCACUCCGGCCAGACUUGCAUGGCGAAUUCCAGAAUCUACGUGCACAAAGAUGUGGCUGAAGACUUUGUGGACAAGUUUGUCGCGUUUGCGAAAGCGAGGAAGCUCGGCGAUCCGUUGGAUGAGCAGACGACUUCUGGGCCGCAAGCCGACAAGACACAGCACGAGGCUGUCGUGCGGUAUGUUGAAGAAGGGAAAAAGGCCUCCAAGACGAUUGAAUCAUCAACUCCCAUGCCAGCGGACAAGGAUGAUCUAUUCGUCCAGCCGACCGUCUUCCUACAAGUGCCCGAAAACGACAAGUUAGAAAAGGAGGAAGUCUUUGGGCCCGUCGUCAUCAUAAACACUUUUGAGUCAGAAGAGGAGGCCGUCAAAAUAGCAAAUGAUACCGAGUACGGGCUGUAUGCGGCAGUCUAUACACAAGACAUCGAUCGGGCGUUGAGAGUGGCCAAGAGUUUGGAGUCUGGUAUGGUCGGCGUGAAUUGCACGAGCCCGACUGGUGCUUGGGAUAUGCCCUUUGGUGGAUAUAAGCAGUCCGGACUAGGUAGAGAAAGUCUGCUUGAGAGCUUGGAGGACUGGUUGGAGAAGAAGUCUCUGUACAUAAGAGUUAGCGGGUUGAAUUCCGCCGAGGCUGGUAGCAGUACAGUCUUGGGGCGAUAG